AUCGCGGAUUAGUGAAAAAACGUCAAACGACAACAGCACAAAAAGCUGCGAAAAGUUUUUACUGUUUGCUAAAUUUAUAAUUAAAACACUACCAAUAUAACAUAAUAAAUCAGUUGAAUCAUCAUCAUCAUUCCUAAAAUACUUUCAACGGCGCCAUGGCAGCGAUGAUCGUUCCAGAACCGGUAAUUUCCCGUGUUUACAUUGGUGGCCUUGGUGAACAAGCUACCCGGCAAGAUAUGGAGGAACUUUUCAAAGAUUUCGAGCCAUACACGGAUCUUAACUUGCUUCGUGGUUAUGGUUUUGUGCAGUUUCCUUCAGAAGAAGCAGCCAGAAAAGCAAUUGCCGGACUGAAUGGCAAAUCGCUAAAAGGACGCAAAUUAACGGUGAAAAUAGCGAAUGACAACCGAGCUAAAAAAGGGCUUUUACCGAGGGGUGGUACAGGGCCGGAUGGGCAGAUGGUACGUGACCGUUCUCCAAUUGAUGUCAACCGGGGUUAUGCAGAAUCAUUUCCUCCACGGGGUGGGUACCGGGGGGCAUAUCCCGGAAUGGAAAUGGGUGGCUAUCCCGAUCCGAUGAUGCGUGUGCAUCCAGGAGGAGGAGCACCGAUGCCGCAGCCGGAAAGUAAUGAUUGUGAGAUUAUCGUCGUUUCAAGAGAUUUGACGACCUACGCGGAAAACAUUGAAGCAAGAUUGAAGAGAAAUGGUUUGACUGUCGAUUUACUCUUCCCGAACGAUGAUGUUCCCAUAGGAAAAGUUCUUUCCAACAUUGCAUCUCGCGGUAGCUAUUACGCUAUUCUGAUAACCCCCGAAAAUGAAGAGCGUAACAGCAUAACGGUGAAUGUUUUAUAUGGAGUUCCGGCUGAACAUCGCAACAUGCCAACAGAAGAUGCAAUCCUUUUCAUAUGUAAAGAUUACGAGGAGAAACUUAGAGCCGAGCGGGAAAAGCUCGUCAAAUAUCGAACAGCAAUGAUGCAGGCUAGCAGCGCGAAUAAUACUUCUCAUAUGAUGUAUAAUGCUCCUCCCCUGCAGGAUAAACAUCCAGAGCCAAUACAAAAUAUGAUUAACCUGCUGGGAGCCAAUCGCCAACUGACUGUACUACAGUACGAACGACUUAUUAAAUAUCUGAAUGAGCGCAAGGAAAUGCAAGUCAAAUAUGAACUGGGCGAGGAUAUGGAUUCCGUUAGCGCUACCAGGAUGAUUUCUACAAAAUCAAAAGAGGAGAGCGAAAAGGAUUUACAGCGAAAAAUAAUGGACAUUCUGAACAAACCUUCAAUCAUUGCACCAAAACCAAAACCGGUGGAGCCAGAGGUGGAAACACGAACCGCUGCUAGUGCUGCUGGAUACUCUUCGUUUGGAGGAUCAACGAUGGCUAUGUCAUCUUCUAUCAAUAACAACGCACCCAGCGUGAGCACGUCAUCAGUCGCUAGUUCUAUUGCACCCAUUGCAAGCGCCGCACCGAAAUUAUUACAUGAUCCAAAAGUGCAGAAAGCUCUUGAUUCAUUGCUGCUUUCUGGCUUAGGAGGGGCGUUAAAAUUUUAAGAACCUAUGAACUGCAUUCCUAGGUUAGUAAAUAUUUAAAGUAGAUUGGCAUUAUCCGUUUUCUGUUCACUUGAAAUCGAUUUGACUAAAUUUGAUCAUGAAGAGAAAAACAUGAUCGUGCGGCGUGAACCGACGGAAACCAAAAUACCCUCAAAUAAAAUUCGCAUGAAACGGAAAGUUCUAACUCAGUGGCAGUGUUUCCACUCUAACAGUAAUGACAAAGAUCUUUUAUUUCUGAUGUUACGGUUCAAUCCGUUUUUGCAUAAUCGUGAAAUCGAAUCAAUGUUAGGCGUAAUGUAGUAACAAUCAAUUGUAUCGCUAAACCGGUAGUCGAUUUCGAGUAGCCUGUUUUCCUAAUUCUUAUAAACCUUAUAAGUAUUAUUUGGAAUGACAUAAUUUGAUGAAUUACAAAUCUUAUUUUGAGAAACAUGGUACGUCACGCUGCUUCCAUGAUGUGUGGAGAAACUAGGCAUCAUGAUUGCUAAUACACAUCAUUAUUUUAAUUUUAUAAGAAACAUCAAUACGGUUCUGAGUUUCUUUCUCAAGCAAUGAAUAAAGACUUCGAGAAUAUA